GAUUUUACUGAACAUACGAAAAAAUCGUGAUAUAAUUAAAAUCAAAAUAUACUUUUAAAAAUGAUGGAGCAAACAAAACUUUGUUCUCAAGAUUGAAGGAGCUAUAAACUGAAAGUACAAUAUAUGGCUUCUACAGGUGGUGGGAAAGACGGAUCUAAAGGUUUUGUGAAGAGGGUUACAUCAACUUUCUCCAUUAGGAAAAAGAAGAACACACCAAGUGAUCCAAAACUUCUUCUUCCUCGAUCGAAAUCAACCGGUGCUAACUAUGAAUCCAUGAGGCUACCUCAGGGGAAAAAGUCUCUUCCAGAUGUUACAACAAAAGACACUAAGAGGACCAAAUCUGCAGGUGUUUCGCCUCAACCAAGGCGUGAAAAGAUCGAUGAAUCCGGUAAACAGUUUAUGAAGAUGAGAUGUUUUGAUGACAGUGACUCCAUUUGGUUGUCUUCAGAUUGUGCGUCUCCUACCUCUCUUUUAGAGGAACGUAGAUUGUCUGUCUCGUUUCAUUUCUCAGUAGACGAAAAGAUCGUCUCGUGGUUGUCCAGUGUGGCUAACUCUUCUCUGUCUUUAAAUCAAGAAUCCACCAGCUCAACCAAAGAGAAUCAUCAUCAGCAUCAGACAAGUUCAAAGAACAUGAAAGGUUCUUUAGAGAACGUUCGAAAAGAUGGAAAAUUUUGCAACUCUGCUGGGAAAUCUCGUGGAAUCGGUUCUGCAAAGCCGUCUUCGCGUACACCAGAGAGCAACAACAAGACUUGUCCUCGGAAAUCAUGUGAAGAGUCAUCUAGUUCCAAUAUAUUAGUGAGUCCUGAUUUGACUUCACAGAGUCCUGAAGAAAAGAAAGUUAGCUUCUCAGUAGAAACAGAGAAGUCUCCUUCACCGGUUAACUCAACUGCCGUGCCAUCUGGUCUUACUAAAACUACUGGGACAUCUUCUUUAAAGAAGACUGCAGAGACUGGGGACUCAAAGAACAACAAGAUUGCUGUGGAGCCACUUUUCUGGCCAUUUGAGCAGAAGUUUGAUUGGACACCAGAGGAUAUCUUGAAGCAUUUCUCCAUGUCUCCUCGGAGAAAGAAGUCCAAGAUUGCAGGUACCUCUCCAAGAUCAAUGAGGGCACAACUCCAAACAAGAAAGCUAGAUCUCAAAGAAGGGUGUAAGAGAAAGCUCAUGUUCAACGGUCCUGGAACAAGGAUCCCAGAACUGAAAAGAACAAUCAGCAAUAGCAGCAACAACAGUAGCAACAAGAAAGCUGAGAUCAGCAAGAACCAACAACCUAUCAGGAACAGUGUGAAGAGGAACAAGAGUUUGCCAUCAAGGUUGAGAAAAUCCAGCAAAGUAUCUUCAAAGGUGGUACCUAUUGAAGCUACAGAAGAGACUGGAGAUAUACUUAAAGAGCAAAAAACACCUAAGAAGCUCAUCAUGACCCGCAAGUCCAGGACUUUCUUAGAAGAUGACUUUGCUUUGAUGAAUGAUUUCUCUAUAGAAAAGGCGGUUGGGCUUUGCGAGUUCAAGGGAAGAGAAGGCAUAGAUUCAGACUUCAACACUGAUGGUUUCUUGUUCGACGAUUCUCUAUGAAAAGAAAAGGCUUUUACAGAUUUGAUCAUAACCAGAGGAUAUAGCAUCAUACGGCUUAAAUAGUGUAUACUGCCAAACCAACAUCUGCAUUGGCCACAAUUUUGUUCCUGGAUUGUAUAUCUGUUGGAUAGUAAAUAUACAGGUCGCACUUAU